GGAGCUUCAUACUUCGCUCUCCGUCUGUCUCUGCUGCUUUUAGUUUAGCUUUCUGGUCUUUUAGCCCUUUUUCUAAGGUUUUUAUUUCCUUGUUUUUUUCUCUUUAUCGUUCGUUUUGUGUGAAACCGAAGCAGUGAUGAUGCUGUCCGCGCGCUCCCCUCUCUCUGUGAAGAACCAGCAGAAUCUCAGCGGCCAGAUGAGCGACCUGAGUCUGGACAAAGAAAACACGCCUCCGAGUCUGAACGGCACCCGGGUUCUGGCGUCCAAAACGGCCCGGAAGAUCUUCAGUGAAUCCUCGCCCACAAAUGUUAAGAAGAGCAGCUCGGAGGAAGAGCCUCUGCUGAAGGAAAACCCUCGGCGCUUCGUCAUCUUCCCCAUCCAGUACCACGACAUCUGGCAGAUGUACAAGAAGGCGGAGGCUUCCUUCUGGACGGCCGAGGAGGUGGAUCUGUCCAAAGACCUGCAGCACUGGGAGUCUCUGAAAUCAGAUGAGCGCUAUUUUAUCUCUCACGUUUUGGCGUUCUUCGCCGCCAGCGACGGCAUCGUCAACGAGAACCUGGUGGAGCGCUUCACCCAGGAGGUGCAGGUGACAGAGGCCAGGUGUUUCUAUGGUUUCCAGAUCGCCAUGGAGAACAUCCACUCAGAGAUGUACAGCCUGCUGAUCGACACCUACAUCAAGGAUCCCAGUGAGAGGGAAUACCUGUUCAACGCCAUCGAGACUCUGCCAUGUGUGAAGAAGAAGGCCGACUGGGCCAUCAACUGGAUCGGCAACAAGAAUGCCAACUACGGAGAGCGUGUGGUGGCGUUCGCCGCCGUGGAGGGAAUCUUCUUCUCUGGCUCCUUUGCCGCCAUCUUCUGGCUGAAGAAACGCGGCCUGAUGCCCGGCCUGACCUUCAGCAACGAGCUCAUCAGCAGAGACGAGGGUCUGCACUGCGACUUCGCCUGUCUCAUGUUCAAGCAUCUGGUCAACAAACCGUCGGAAGAAACCGUCACCAAGAUCAUAAAGGACGCCGUGGCGAUCGAGCAGGAGUUCCUGACUGAGGCUCUGCCCGUCAAGCUGAUCGGGAUGAACUGCGACAUGAUGAAGCAGUACAUCGAGUUUGUGGCCGACAGGCUGCUGCUGGAGCUCGGCUUCUCCAAGAUCUACAGGGUGGAGAACCCCUUCGACUUCAUGGAGAACAUCUCUCUGGAGGGAAAGACCAACUUCUUUGAGAAGCGGGUUGGAGAGUACCAGAGGAUGGGCGUCAUGUCGGGCCCCACAGACAACACCUUCAGACUGGACGCCGACUUCUGAACCUCCAGGUUGGACCUGGGAACAUCUGAAGGCUCCACAAUGAGCUGCUGUUCACAGGAUCCAACCAGAUUGAUGGCACUGGCAAAUCGGAGAGCUGCAGCUUACCUGAUGUUGCCAUGGAAACACAAACCUCAUGUUACACCCGAACUGUCUGGGUCAGGGGGAUUUGCACAGA